GUCGGGCUGGCGCCCAACCAGACGGAGGUGCUGCUGGGCUUCAAGGCGCGGCAACAGCUGCAGCAGCAACAACACCAGCAGGAGCAGCAGCAGGGCAGGAAGGCAGGUCGGAGAGGCCGACAGGAGGAGACGGCGCAUGCAGGGCAGGGAGGCGGCGAGGCCGCGAUGGAGGUAGACGGGGCUGAGGUGGGGGCCCCAGCUGCGGGUGGCCCAGGUGCUGCUGCGGCGGCGGCGGCGGCGGCGGCGGCGGCAGCGACGGCGCUGCCCGGCGCUGCUGUGGGUCCAGCGGGUGGGCCUGGAGCUGGUUCCGGAGCGGCGGCAGCGCAGGAGCUGCCGGAUGUCGAGAUGGCGGAUGGGGGUGCGGCUGCCGCUGCUGCCGCUCCUGGCGGUAAAGAGGCGGGAGGAGCCGGCAGGGCCGCUGCUGCUGCCGCUGCAGCAGCAGCCACGCUGGCAGCCGCAGUGCAGCACGGGGCCGGCGGUGAUGAGGGUGAGGUCCACAGCCAGUCGACGGAGGGAGUCCCCAUUGAUGACGAGGAGGAGGAAGAUGACGCCGGCAACGCUAAAGCCGCCAAUGGCAAUGCCACCGCCAACGGCGGUGAUGGUGGGGGCGACCGCGCCGCCGCCACCGUCCAGCCAGCUGACGGCGCCGGCAGACGUAUCAGCCGGUGGUGCCCUCCGGACAAGGUCGCCGCCGCAAAAAAGGCCUUCCCUGUCGUACUGCAAGAUCUCCAGGUGGGGCAGCUGGUGGACGUCCUGCUGACGGCGGCGCCGGCGACGCCGACGGCGGGUGCCCCCACGCCUUCCGCCUCCCAUGCCGCCUCCGCUCCUCACGGCAGUGCCAGCAAGGCGGGCGGCAGCGCGGCAGGGAAGGGCGGCGCGGGCGGGGCAGGCAGCAACGGCGGUGCGCAGGGGGCGGAGCGGUGCGAGCGGGAGGCGGAGGCGGGGGCGCUGCAGUACGGUGUGUGGCGGGAGGGCGGCAGGGUGACGGGGCGGACGGAGGAGGGGCUGUUCAGGGUGGAGCUGGGCGCGGGAGGUGGCGUGGCACAGCUGCCGGCUUGGAGGCUGCGACCGGCCUUUGCGCGUGGCGCGCACAACACACGUGGCAGGCUGGAGGAGUGGAAGGAGGAGUGGGGACGCCUACCCCUAGAGGAAGGCACCCUGCUUCAAAUGCGCGAGACAGGCCCAGACGGCGCCCCCGUGUGGAAGCCGGUGCGGGUGCUGGCGCUCGUCCGGAUGUACGACAGGGCCGCCCGGUUCCACUGGCGGGACGUACGGGAGCACUUGCCGGCGACUGCUGCCCCUGCCACCAUCGGCGGGGGUGUGCAGGGCUGGGAGCGCGCGGGAGCCUGGCGGUGGCGCCAGGCGAGGGAAGGCGGUGCAGCAGCAGGUGACCCCGAAGACACCCGCUCCACCGACUCCACGGCAGGCGAUGCAGCGGGCUCGCAUGCACCAACAGCAGCAGCACCGACAGCAGCAACUAGCGCUGCAGCACCCUCGGCAGCGGCGGCAGCAGCCGCCUCCGCCGCCGGUCAGGAUCAGUCACGGGAGUCCGAACCUGCGUCCCCUGCUCCCGGUGCCCGGCGAGGGGCCGCCAUCGUGGAGGGGUACGGCGAUGCUUCCUACGUUAACCACCUGCAUGGGCGAGGGGGCCAGCCCUCGGAGCAUGCUGCCGCGCAUGCAGCCGCAGGCGGUUCCGGAGCCGCUUCAGUGGGAGGUGGACGGUACAGCGGAGCGUACGGCGGGCAUGUGGAACCCACAUUCGUACGGUUGCUGUACCUGAACGAAGUACGGCAGCGGCAUGGCCGGGGGAAGCUCCGGCAAUUGGUCGCGCAGAUGUGCGUCCGGGAGCUCUUCACUUCCCGCCAGGCCAGCCCCCUGGUGUGCUGGGAACAGGAGCCGCAGCAGCCGCAGCAGCAACCGGCGCCGAGCGAGCCACUCAAGGGCACAUGGCGGCAAGUGUCAGCAACCGCCGUCGAAGGCCAAACUGCCAAGGAGGUGUCGUGCCGCGUGUUGGACUUCUGGCUGUGCCAGCGCCUGAAGCAGCUGCAGGACGCAGCGCACCCUGAUGUCGAUGAGGAGCGGCUGCGGGACCAGCUGGCAAGGGAGGUGGCGCGCAGGCUGAGACGGCGGUCCGAAGCGCACGUACCCAACACGCACAGGUUUUUCGGCAAGCCGCGCAGGAUCCGACAAGUGUUCGAGGACGUCAGGGGCGGUGGGGAGGAAGCCGAAGAGGGACGCGGCGCCGACAUGGCUGACGACCCCGCUGGCAAUCGCAAGCGGCGGCGGAGUGCGCCUGCGCAGGUGCAUGCAGCCACCAGAAGAGCGGCGGUGACCCAUGGGUCCGACGACGAUGCCGACGACCGCGGUGGCGUGAAUGCGGGCGACGUCAUCGAGCUGCUGUCGGACGACGACUCGGACGAGCAGCGAGAGGGCGGUGCCGGCGGCAAGGCCGGCAGGGGAGGACGCGGCGGCGGCGGCGCCCCUCCGGGUCCCAGCGGCCGCCCCCCCAAGCGCACCAGGUUCAGCGACCCCACUGCACGCAAAGUGGUGGACAAGCAGAGGGAGUGGGACCGGCGGCAGCGGGAAAUGAAGAAGCUGCGCCACCAGGCUCUCAAGAGGCGGGUGGCGCUGGAGAGGGGCGUGUCCGCCGGCGACGAGGGCAGCCGCCCGCUCUUCGACGACCGCCCGCUGCCCCGGAUCGCCGCCUGCUUCGCGGCGCACCUCAAAGGCCACCAGCUGGCGGGUCUGCGCUUCAUGUGGGAGAACCUGGUGGACAACCACCUGGCGGAUGUGAAGACCCAGGCGGAGGCGGAUGCGGCGGGCGGCUGCAUCCUGGCUCACUCCAUGGGGCUGGGCAAGACCCUCUCCACCAUCGUCUUCCUGCACAUGUUUCUGGGGCAAAACAUGACGGGGGCCACCAGCGAGCAGGGCGAACAGGAGGACGGGCCCGACGAGACCGACGAGACCGGCGAGACCGGCACCGGUGAUGGUGAUGGUGACGAUGACGGUGGUGGUUGCGACGGGUUGCGGGGCCGGCGCCGAGCGCUGCUGGUGGUUCCCGCCAACGUGCUGUGCAACUUCUACUCGGAGUUCCACACCUGGCUGCCGCAGCCGGGCAGCGCGGAUGAGGCGCUCAGCCGCCUCAUCUCCAAGAAGGUGCACCUGGUGAGCGGCGACGUGGAGCGGGCGGUGGGUCGCUGGCGGCGGCAGAACGGCUCCGUGCUGCUCAUCAGCUCCACCACCUUCGCCAACCUGGUGCUGGG